AUGCAUCUAGCGACAUUCAUAGUCAUCGCCGGGCUACUAGUAGGCGUUUAUAUUGUCACACGCCGUAAAUCAACAUCAUCUCUGCCCCUUCCGCCAGGUCCCAAGCCAUUGCCGAUAAUUGGCAAUGUCCACCAAGCUCCCAAGUCCCACGGCUGGCAGACAUAUCGCGAAUGGAGUAAACAGUAUGGACCCAUUGUUCAUGUCAACAUGCUUGGGCAGCCCGUCAUUAUUUUGUCUACAUCUGAAGUAGCUCAUGAACUGCUAGCGAAGCGUGGAGCGAUAUUUUCAGACAGACCUCGACUCAAUAUUCUCAUGAUGAAUUACACCGAUCAAUUCCGACAACAUCAGAGGUUACAGGUUUCCGUGUUAAACGCGACGCCGGCAGCCGCUUACCUUCCCUUCCAGACUCUGGAAUCACAACAAUUGAUGCAAGAUCUCCUGGAGAACGCGGGUGGUGUUAGUGCUGAGGUUCAAGGACAUUUCCAGCGCGCUGUCGCUAGCAUCAUCCAUACGUUGCUGUAUGGCUUCCGCGUCAAAGACCCCAACGACCCAGUACUUCGCACCGUUGUGAAACUCAACGAGGAGUUCUCCGAGUUUAUCCAGGUUGGGGCACACAUCGUUGACCAGUUCCCUGUUCUUAAUAAUUUGCCCAGCUUCUUAGCUCCAUGGCAGGCAAAGGCUGAGAACCACUACACGACUAAGUAUGAUCUGCGCGACGAAAACUUCCGGCGGGGCCAGGAGUCCGAUGCAUGGAAUAUAUCAAAACAUCUCAAAAAGACUGUCGAAAAGGAUAACCUCGAUAUGCCCUUGAAUGAGCUAGCCUUUGAGCUCGGUACCAUGAUCGACGCCGCGCUGGACGGCACGACGGACAGCUUGAUCUGGUUUGUGGUAGCUUGCAUCACACAAGAUCAGGGCUUUGUCGCUAAGGCACGCAAGGAGCUGGAUGAUGUUGUCGGACACGACCGUCUCCCAUGCCCAGAUGACAAACCCAACCUGCCGUACAUCACCGCGAUCGUUGAAGAGAUAUUCCGUUGGCGACCCGCUGGCCCCGAGGGCGUCCCUCACUUGAACAAGGAAGAGUCCACUUACAAUGGAUACACCAUUCCCAAAGGAUCUGUUAUUAUACCCAACGUGUGGGCAAUUUCCCGAGAAGAGGCCGUGUUCGGCCCAGACCCCGACGAUUUCAUACCGGAUCGUUGGCUCAGUGAGGACGGCAAAACCCUCAAGGACCUUCCCGCUGCUGCCUUUGGCUAUGGAAGGCGGACCUGUCCUGGACGGUAUUUUGCCCGCAAUGUUAUCUGGGUCGUCGUCGCACAGUUGCUAUGGUCAUUUGACAUCAAGGCUGGCUUGUCUGAGGAGACUGGCGAACCGAUCGUAGUUGACCCACUUGCAUGCACCUAUGGCCUCGUUAUGCGGGCCCUGCCUUUCAAGGCUUUGUUUAACUCUCGUGGGCCUUGGGUGCGUGAAGUGAUCACCAAAAAUGGUGACACUUACAGCAAGGAUCAUCUGGCCAUGCUUAACCAAAUUGGGGCGGAGUUCGCUAAGUUGUAG